GCCCGCGCGGGGGGGGCGGUACCGCCGCAACCGCCGCGCCCGCCCCGAGAGCAGCGGCCGCUGCCCACAGCGCCGGACGCAGCCCGGGCGAGCGCCCCCGAGACCUGCCGCCCCUCCUCAGCCGGCGCACAAUGGCUGACAAAUCAACCAAGCCAGCAAAACGAUUAUCUGCCGAUUCAACCAACUCCCAUGAGGGAGCUACAGGAGGAGAACUAAGUGCUCUGGAAGAGGCCUUUAGAAAAUUUGCUGUCCAUGGCGAUACGAGAGCCACAGGAAAAGAAAUGCACGGGAAGAACUGGUCCAAGCUGUGCAAGGACUGUCAUGUGAUAGAUGGGAAGAACGUAACAACUACAGAUGUUGACAUCGUCUUCAGUAAAAUCAAGGCAAAGGGCAGCAGAACUAUUACUUUUGAUCAGUUUAAGGAAGCUCUUCAAGAACUCUCCAAGAAGCGAUUUAAAGGCAAGAGUGAAGAGGAGGCACUUCAAGAAAUGUAUAAACUAAUUGAAGGAAAAGGCCCAGGUUUAUCUGGAGUAACGAAAACCGUUUCAUCUCCAACUGUAUCACGCCUUACAGAUACUUCAAAAUUCACGGGUUCUCACAAAGAGAGGUUUGAUGCCAGUGGGAAAGGAAAAGGCAGAGCUGGCCGAGAAGAUCUGGUGGAUAACUCAGGAUAUGUAUCUGGUUAUAAGCAUGCAGGCACAUAUGAUCAUAAAGUACAAGGAAACAAGUCCUAUGACAGACAGACAGACAUGACACAGACAUCCUGAAGGAUGUAAUCUUCUUUUACUAAAGUAAAUCUUGUUUGCCUUAAACCAUCAAAGCAGCAUUUUGUUCCUUGUACAAUCUUUGUUAUUGCUUUCUCAUUCUCAAUCUCAUAAACAAUGGCUUUCAUGCUGAGCUGUGUCUCAUUCUGCUCUUCUCAGAUUCUUGUCUGUCUCUCUGUGACAUCCCACCCUUAAGGGGAAGGAAGCACCCAAGAUUGUGAAUGCUUGCAGUCAAAAGGAAUGACAAAAGUCAGAGGAUCCACAAAAAAAAUCACAGUUUUAUUAGUGUGUUAGUCCCUGACCUACUAUAAAAGCAUAUGGCAGUGGGAUUUAGAUAAAGGGGUAGGGUGAAAGGGGAGGAAAAAAGAGAUGAAUUAAAAGAGAGAAAGAGAAAGGAAGAAAGACAGAAAUACAGAGAGAAAGGAAGGAAGGAAGGAAGGAAGAAAGGAAGAAAGAAAGAAAGAAAGAGGAAAAGAGAUAAUCAGUUCUGCCAAUGAGAUGUCCAGCACUCUGGGGCACACACCGAGGCUUGGUGGAGGUACCUUUAAAUAUAUAUGUUUUCCCCCUAAAGACAGGUUUCUUGCUUUCUACGCAAAUUAGUUACCAUCUGCAGUCUGUUCUUUCAGACCUUUCCGGAAAUGGGGCUCAGAGGGCUUCAGGAGUCUUUGGUGAUCUUGUAUCCCCCUAUUGGAUUGACUUUUAGUUGACAGUUCAUGCUUACUUACGUGCUGACCUUGUCUUUUGUUUGUCGUGUCUCCAGGGACUAGAGCAAGGAUGUUUGUCCCUGACCUACCUCCGUAAGGUCCUCUUCUCCAGCCACAUCUGAUUCUUUCAACAACCUUGGGUUGGCUCCUCAGCUACCUGGUCACUGGUGUUUAAGACAUACACAUUAGCCCUUUUUCUUCUGGGCUUCUACAUGCUCUUGGGCCAUAACUUCAUCUCAUUUAAACAUUACUUGAGAUAAUUUUAGACCAAAUAGUGUUUCUAAUUCUUUUUGGAAGUAAUAUGAGAUUGUGUUUAAAAUUUUGUUUUAACCCAAAUUUUUUCUCCUCUACUGAUCCACUAGAAUGCAAACUAUAUUACAUUUUAAUUAGUGAAAAAGUAGCUGUUUUCCUCAGAUAUUUUACACAAACCAGAAUGUCAUAAAUUAUGGUUAAUGAUGCCUGUCGUAUUAAA